CCCAGCCCAGACGGUCCCUGUGGUCCCAGUGAGCCCAGUGCGGGGUCCCCGCAGAACCAGCCCCCCGGGGCUCCCCAGCGCACCCCCGGUCCCGCCGCGCUCGCUCUGAAGCAAGAGCAGGACGGCCGAGCUGUCACCGCCACUCCGCGCAGGACCCACUCCCGGGGUGGCUUUGCCGGGGUGAUCUGGGGGUGCUGGGGGGGCUGACCCCAUUCCCGGAGCCGGGCUGGGCUGGGACAGGUCGGGGCUCGUCUCUCCCGCCCCGUCCCGGCAUCCGCGGCCGCCGCCCUCGCCGGGCCCCGCCGGCCGGGCAAGCCGGGACCGGAGCGGGACAGCCCGGGCAGCCUCCGCCUGCGCCUGGAUCCGGGCACGGGCUGCGGUGCGGCUCCCUGCCCCAGCCCCGGGGGACACGGGCUGUGACAAUCCAGGGCUCUGUCCAGCGCUCGCUGCGUGCCUCAGUUUCCCCGGUCAGCCAGGGAGCGGGGCUGUGGGGGGGGAGCUUGGCACAGCGGUUUUCACCGAAUCUUCGGGUGUUUAUUCGGCAGCCUGGCCGGCUCGGCCCCGCAGGGAAUUAAUCCCCGGCCGCAGAGGGGAUUACUGGGGACCGGGGGCUGCUUGAGCUCCCAAAGAGGAUUAAGCAGAGGACGGGAACGUGGGGAUGGGCAGCGAGAGCCCCGGGGCACCGCCGGCCUCUGGGGGGGACAGGGGGACAGUCCUGGGGACAGGGACCCGGCUGGGUGCAGACACGGGCAGGGCAGCCCCGGGCUCGGGGGGACUGGGAGUGUGCCCUGAACUGGUGACACUGGGAGCCGUGAUUUCGUGCUGGUGACACCGGGAGUCGUGUCCUGUCCUGGUGACACCGGGAGCUGUGUCCUGUCCUGGUGUCACUGGGAGAUGUGGCUUCGUGCUGGUGCCACCGUGUCCUGUACUGGUGGCUACUGGGAGCUGUGGUUUUGUGCUGGUGGAACUGGGAGCAGUGUCCUGUACUGGUGUCACCGGCAGCUGUGAUUUCGCGCUGGUGCCACCGUGUCCUGUCCUGGUGGCUACUGGGAGCUGAAGUCCAGGAGCACGGGAGGCACUGGGAGCGCCGGGGCAGAGUUCACUGGGCGUGCUGGGAGCUGUGAGCGCGGUACUGGCUGGCUGCGGCAGCAUGGGGGGGAUGCUGGCGCUGCCCCCGGGGCAGGGACCCCACCAGGUGGGCUGCACGGAUGUCAUGGUGGGCCACACGCGGCAGGGGCUUUUCCUCCGCCUCUUCUACCCGUGCCUGCCCCGGGCAGGGGCCACGGAGCCGCUCUGGGUGCCUCGCCCCGAGUACUGCGGGGGCCUGGCCGAUGUCACCCUGGGUCGCCGCUGGUGCUCCGCCCUGCUCGGCGUCGCCAUCGGCUCCUGCAAAGUCCCGGUGAGCUGGAACGGGCCCCUCAAGCCCCGCAGCAGCGGGUACCCCCUGAUCAUCUUCUCCCACGGCCUGGGGGCCUUUCGGACCUUGUACUCUUCCAUCUGCACGGAGCUGGCGUCCUGGGGCUUCGUGGUGGCAGCGCUGGAGCACAGGGACCACUCUGCUGCCACCACCUAUUUCUGCCCGGCAGAGGCUGGCACGGAGGAGUGGAUCCCCUUCCAGAGGGUGCCCCAAGGGCAGAAGGAGUUUUAUUUCCGAAACAAGCAGGUUCACCUGAGAGCUCAGGAGUGCGUGCGGGCGCUGCGGCUCUUCCAGAGCAUCGCCGGCGGCAGAUCUGUCCCCAGCAUCCUCCCCCAGGACUGGGAUCUCUCCGUGCUGAAGGACAACCUUGAUCUGAGCAAAGUGGCCGUCAUGGGCCAUUCCUUCGGGGGGGUGACAGCGGUGCUGGCCUUGGUGAAGGAGCCCAGCUUCAGGUGUGCUGUGGCUCUGGAUGCCUGGAUGUUCCCUCUGGAGAAGCUGCUGUACCCGGAGGUGCCCAGUCCUGUGCUCUUCAUCAACACCGAGAAGUUCCAGACCCCGGAGAGCGUGGCCAAGAUGAAGGGGCUGAGCUCCAGGAACAGCCAGACGAGGAUUGUGACCGUGCUGGGAACCGUGCACGAGGACCAGACCGACUUUGCCUUCCUCCCUGGGAAGCUCUUCAGCCUCAUCUUCGGCAGGAGGGGCACGCUGGAGCCCCGCAGGGCUCUGGCCAUCAGCAGCCAGGCAGCUCUGGCCUUCCUGCACAGGCACCUGAAGCUGCAGGAGCAGUUUGGGCAGUGGGACGAGCUCCUGGAAGGCGUUGGGGACUCGGUGGCUCCGGCUGCGCCGUUCGGCCGCUCGCGCCUGUAGCUGCUCCGAGGGCUCUGCUGGCAGCUGGGGAGUGACAGAGAGACAGAGUGACAGCGUGACAGAGUGACUCCUCCUUGCCAGGAAGGGCAGGAGGAGCCCUGAGCCCAGCAGGACCUGGGCACAGCGCUGGUGUGCCCGAGGUGCUCAGGGGAUGUGCCAGCAGAGCCCUCCCUGCUCGUGUGCCUGCCCUGAGGGCUGAGGGAAUAAAAUCCCCAGGGAUAAAAACCGA